AUGGAGUCUCGAACAGACGAUACCCACGAGCUUCUGCACAAGGACGAGCGAGAUGUGGAAGCACAUCGAAUACCUCUCAAUCCGACAAUAACGGCUACGCCUCUGGAAUACACAGUCUCUAUGAGCAAGAAACUGACAUACCUCGCUCUGUACUUUCUGCUAAACCUCAGCGUAACGCUAUCGAACAAGGCACUGCUACGAAUAGCUUCAUACCCAUGGUUACUGACGUUCUCGCACACAUUUGCUACAUCGAUAGGAUGCACCAUCCUUCUGGCCACAGGCCAGAUGAGGCUUUCGAAGCUGACUAUGCGCGAUAACUUCGUACUAAUUGCCUUCUCUGCGCUCUUCACUGUCAACAUUGCCAUCAGUAAUGUCUCGCUUGCACUGGUAUCUGUACCCUUUCAUCAGGUCAUGAGGAGCACAUGUCCGGUCAUGACGAUUCUUAUCUACCGCAUCGCAUACGGGCGAACUUACGACCGCCAGACGUAUGUUUCCAUGGUUCCAUUGAUCGUCGGAGUCGGAUUGGCCACCUUUGGCGAUUACUAUUUCUCGGCCAUGGGAUUCGCGCUCACUCUCUUGGGCGUGGUUCUCGCAAGCGUCAAGACCGUCGCGACGAAUCGACUCAUGACCGGAUCUCUGCAAUUGCCUGCUAUGGAAGUGCUAUUCCGGAUGUGCCCCUUGGCUGCCGUGCAGUGUUUGUUCUACGCGGCCGGAAGUGGUGAGAUAACCAGACUAGGAUCCGCCACGCCUACGACUGUGUUCACGACCCCCUUGCUGAUUGCCAUUGUUGGCAACGCAGCCAUGGCAUUCUGUCUGAACCUCGUCUCUUUUCAGACGAACAAGGUGGCUGGCGCUCUCACUAUUAGCGUGUGCGGCAAUGUAAAGCAAUGCCUAACUAUCCUCCUUGGAAUCGUCUUGUUCAACGUCAGAGUCGGUGUGUCGAACGGGUUGGGGAUGGUCGUAGCAACUUUAGGCGCUGCGUAUUAUUCCAAAGUGGAGCUUGACCGAAAGAGGGCAUCCAUUUGACUGGGCGCCUUCCUCAGGCGGAUACACAAAAAGUCACGAAGCUUUGCAUGUAUCCUCCUUCAUCGCUCCCCCCGCCCCCCACGAAAGAGCCAACAUGUUAUCUUAGUCAAUCGGAAAGCAAUGUGGGAUGUGACGGCGGACCCGGCAAACAGGAAGUGACGGCAUUAACUUUCCGGUGCUGGGCCUGACCCAACUCAUGACAGGGCGAGGGUUGGAGCCAACCUGGAAAUGCUGCACCAGACUUUUUAGCGAUAGGCAUCUGCCAUCAGCCCAAUGCCUCCACGAUGCACAGGUACGAUAAGGCACCAGCCACCCGCCCUUCCUUCACCAAGGCUCAUGGAUCGAGACUGCGCAUACUAUUGUGACUACGAGCGGUAAAGAAGGCUCGUGUCGUGAUAUCGCUUGCACACAAGCCAUCAUGAAUCUUCCAGCUUGCUCUCGAUGGCUGCGAGAGGCACUAAACCAGCUGCUGCUCAGACCUUUGUGGCCCCAACAAGACGAGGAUACGAUCGGGUUGUUGUCGGAAAAAGUGCUUCCACCUGCCUCGUUUUGCCGCGGCUUUGUUCCCAAGCAGAUCAAUCGCCUGCGUGGAGCUGUCAUUGCUCUGGCUGGCAUAUCGUUAUUAUUUCUCGGAGCAUCGGGUUCAGCCCGCAGAUACAGAUACCAAAACAGUUUCCACUGGGCCGAGAAUCUCGCGCGGAUCUCAUGGACAGGACAAUCGCAGGACCACUACUUGCACGUUGUCAUUGCUGCUGAACCGAGCUAUGUUGAACUGUGCAAGACGAUGUUGUCCGGCUUUGUGUUGAGCUACCCGUCACCUUGGGUCGCUGUACCGAAGUCAACGCGAGACGAGCAUGGCCGCGAAUCUAGUGCUGUAGUCAGAAAGCUGGAAAGCAUUCUAGAGUUCCUCGAGCACGAAAACGGGAGUAGAGACAACGACACAGCCAUUAUCCUCGGCAAUUCCUAUACCUGGUUCCAAGUUCGCCCAGAAGUACUUCUGAAACGAUAUAUGGACAUUCAACGUCGGCAUGAGUUGAUGCUAUUGGACGAUUUUGGUCCCAAGACUGUUGCAGCACACCGCAUAAAGCCCAAAGUGCUCUUCGCUAGUCACUGGACAUUUCCAUCUAGCAACAAUACCGCCGAGAACUGUCUUCCUAUACAAUCGACUGAUGGCUCGCCGCGAUAUCUGAGUCACGACUUGGUGAUCGGCCUGAUCAAGGAUUUGACGCCACUCUACCAAUACGCUCUCGACCAGGCCAUCAAGCUCAAUGACAGUAUCGCCUCCUUCGAUGAACAUACCAUCUUCAGUGACAUGUUUCGAGCUCAACAACUCCAUCGCCAAUCCUUAGCAAAGCUCGGCGAAGAAGUACACGACGCAGCCGAACUCGAUACUCUUCUCGAUGAACACGACUUCGACUUUGGCAUCACUCUCGACAUGGACAGCGACCUCCGUUAUCACCUAUCUUCUUCUAGCACUAGUAGCAACAACAAUAAUCCCCACCCCUCGAACUGGACGCGAUACGACCUGCGAACGGAUCGCCACAGCCCAGCUUUCCCCAAAGAUAUCGCGCUAUCAGCCCCACCAUAUUGGACUAUAACGGGCACUCUUCCCAGCAAAACCUGGGAACAAGUCUCCCUGUUAUCAGUCUUCUCCAACCAUCCACAAAUUCCCGCACUCAUUCAACAUGAUGAGUUCUCCUCCAAUGAUAACAAUGAUAACAAUGAUAACAAUCCUUAUCAAAACGCUACUGCUGCUGCUACUCCCCCCAUCGCCCAUUCUUCCCAGAAAUGGUCCCAAUACCCCAACCUGUGGUUCCACCCAUAUGGUCGCGCGUUGCUCGAUUCGGAAGCUCUGACGGGUAUCGUACCGAUUGCACGACUCGUAGAUCCUCGGACGGGCAUCAGGCAACGGUUUUGGGUGCAAGGCAUUGGGAAAGCGAGCGUCAAGACGGCCGAGGUCGAGAGGUAUGAGUGGGAUGAUGUGUGCGGCGAUUGGGAUGUUGCAGAGGAAGUUUUCCGCGAUGGGAAAGGUCCGUGGAUGGACCCGAGGUGAUGAGAGAGAGAGAGAGAGAGGAUACGGAAAUUGUAGAGCGUUACUUAACUACAAGGAUGCAGACGGACAGAGGAUGGGUGGACGCGUGGGUAUUGAUCAUGAUUCCAUUGAGCUAGCAGACUCUAGAGCGUUCACUCCCAUCUUCAUCUGAGGCCAUGCUUGUCUUGUAGACAGAUGCAUAUCUGGCACUGGCACCAGCGACGGACCGUACGCAAGAGGACUAAGGUACCAGUACAACCUAAGGAAGGAGAAAAAUAUGACAAAAGUCACUCCAUCUUCUGAUUCUCUGCAGACCUUCCCAACUGUACUGGAUCGUCAUCCUGGUCAUCAUGUAUGCACUCAUGCCGCUGUUGUAAUGCUUACUAUCCCAUCAAACCCUCGACAGGUAGGUAUAUAGUCUACCUCACGACACCCUCUUCUGAAGUACCCACCGACUGCUGUCCAAUCUGCUGCUGACCACCUUGAUUCGCAUAUGCAGCCUCUUUCGCCAGCUGGUCUUCCGUCUUCUUAUUGCCGUGCAGAAUGAGCUUAUUCAAAAACGUGCCCGGUCGACCGGCAUCGUGACCUUCUUUCUCAGCCUUUUCGAUCUCGCGAUGCAGGUGUCCCGUCGUCUCUUCGUCGACAUCCGAGGCUUCGUCGUAGUCGUCGACAUUGACUUGGGGGGUUUGUUAGCAUACAAAGCGUGUCGGGCAGCCCUCCCAUUGAACUGGAGGGCUGGUUAUGCUGAUAUGUACCGUCCUUGUCACGCAUCGACAACUUUCUUUUGAUCUUGGAUCUGAUAUUCUGCAUUGCGGAGGCUCGGUGUGUUGGUUUGGUGGGUAGAGGUGGAACUGUCUCUGGGUUCCGACUCGUGGUCGUGCUGGAGUGGUGCACUGGUGGUGGUGAUGAUGAUGAUCUGUGACGUUCGAGCUGUGAGGCAACCUGAACUUGGAACUAGAUGGAGGCUCUGCUAGAUUGGGCGAGG